AAAGGUUUAAUAAAUCUUUUAAAAAAAUAUGACCACGAAGGAAGAGUUUGAAAAGUAUUAAGAAUCAUUAGAAGGUGAUAGUAAUGUUCAAGAUGAUUAGAGUUAUUCUCAAAACAAAUCUGUCUAAACUUAUUUAAAACCAGAAGUAGUUGGACCAUCUGUUCUUAUCGAAAAAGCACAAACGAGUUAUGAAUUUAACGAUGAAAGAUACGAUUUAUACUCAGAAUCUAGAGAAAUUUUUUCGAAACCAAAUGAUUCAAAUUCUUAAUAUUAAGAUUAAGAAUAAAAAAGUGAAGAACUAUAUGAAUCAAAUUUUGUAUAUUAAGAUAAGAAAUAUGAAAGUUUAGAACUCUAAUAACUUAAUAACUAUUAAUAUUAGAAUUAACUAUCGAAUGGAACUAUAGAAAGAUAAAAAAAAUUGAGCGAAAAUGACCAUAGCCUUAUUUUAGUAGAUAAAUUAGACAUAAUUUAAAAUAAAGAUCGAUUAAAUGAAAGUGUUGAUAUGCUAUUAACUAUAAUUCUUUAGGUAAAAGAGAAGUUUUAAGAAGAAAUAAAAGUCUAGGAAAAAAAAGACUAUUACAUGAAUAAAUUAUAAAAGUUUAGUUAGAAAAAGAUUAUGAAAAAAUUCAAGAUUAAAUAAUUUAAAGAUAAUUAAUACAAUUUUAUAAGUUAAUAUUUAAUAAGACAAGAAAAUGAAGAAUCCUUAAAAAUUUUAUUAUCUUGUUUUAUAGAAUAUACUUUUCAAUGGAUCAAUCUACUUGAUUUUAAAUAAGAAGGAAAAAGUUAAACAUUUAAAGAAAUAUAAGAAUUCCUCAAACAAGAAAUCAUUGAAUAAACAACAAUUAAAUUAGGUAUUUAAAACUAUUUUUAAAAUAAGACAUAUUAAAAAUUUGAUUUUAUAGAAUUUGUGAUAAAUUUAUUAAAAAUUUACUAGGAGUUAAAAAAUUUACAAACUUAAGAAUUGAUAAUAUAUUAAUAGUAAUAAGAAAUUUAUUUAUAAUAAUUAGAUGCUUACUAAUAAUAAUUAUUUGAUUUCUUAAAAAAAAUAUCUGAAAUGAAGUUAAAUAGAUAUAAAUAAAAAAUGAAUAUUAACUUUUCUUUAAAAACUUUUAAAAAAUUAAUUUCAUGUGAUGCAAAACCUGAAGUAUUAAAUGCAAUCAAAGCUGCUAAAAGAAAACCUAAAUAAUUUUUAAAUGAAUUAAUUUUGAAUGAUGAAGAAAUUAAGGAUUUUUAGGAAGCAAUAGAAAAAUUACUAAAAAAAGCAAAAAAAUUAUGA